CAAUGUACACACCUCUCUUUUCGGUUUUUCCUCCUAUCAAACAUGAAAUUCGCCUUCCUUAAUCUCUAUCUUACCGAUUCCUUCCUUCCUUUCUUCUUCUUCUUCUCCCUUCUCGUCGUGCUGAUCCGAUCCCAAUCUGUCUGGCUGAAUCCUUUCAGAUUGGGGGAAUUCGUUCAGAUUAAAUAAUUUGGGAGCAUUUGCUCGAGAUGGGAUUUUGAGUUUACUAUCCGGGUUUGGUUUUCUCUGAGACUGCAACAUGUUGUGCUGCGGAGGUGCUGAAGAGGAGAACUAUGGCCCGCCUGCUAAUCAGUAUACUGCUCCGCCCAGGGGAGGGAAUUCAUAUGGAGGUGGUAGUGCAGAACCAAGACCAAGUGCUGUCAGGAGCGGAGCUCCUCAGAAGGUUUUACCCAUUGAAACACCAGCCUUAUCCCUUGAUGAGCUGAACAAAUUGACUGGUAACUUUGGAACAAAGGCUUUGAUCGGAGAGGGGUCUUAUGGUCGGGUAUUUCAUGCAACCUUAAGUAAUGGUCAAGCUGCUGCAAUAAAGAAGUUAGAUCCCAGUGCUUCACAAGAGCCAGAUUCUGAUUUUGCAGCUCAGUUAUCAGCUGUUUCACGACUUAAGCAUGAACAUUUUGUGGAGUUGCUAGGAUACUGUUUGGAGGCAAACAAUCGAAUCUUGGUAUACCAGUUUGCAACUAAGGGUUCUUUACAUGAUGUGUUACAUGGGAGGAAAGGUGUUCAGGGGGCUGAACCUGGUCCAGUUCUCAGCUGGAACCAACGGGUGAAAAUUGCUUAUGGUGCAGCUAGAGGUCUUGAAUAUCUUCAUGAAAGGGUUCAGCCUCCAAUAGUCCAUCGAGAUGUCAGAUCCAGCAAUGUUCUUCUAUUUGAUGAUUUCAUGUCCAAAAUCGCCGAUUUUAAUUUGACCAAUCAGUCUCCAGACACAGCAGCUCGCCUUCAUUCAACUCGAGUCYUGGGAACUUUUGGAUAUCAUGCCCCCGAGUAUGCAAUGACUGGGCAAUUAACUCUGAAAAGUGAUGUGUACAGUUUCGGGGUUGUUCUUCUAGAGCUUUUAACAGGGAGAAAGCCAGUGGAUCACACCAUGCCAAAAGGACAACAGAGCCUUGUUACUUGGGCAACUCCAAGAUUGAGUGAAGACAAAGUUAAGCAGUGUGUGGAUCCUAAACUAAAUAAUGACUACCCGCCAAAAGCAGUUGCUAAGAUGGCAGCAGUUGCAGCACUUUGUGUUCAGUAUGAAGCAGAUUUCAGGCCAAAUAUGACAAUUGUUGUCAAGGCUCUUCAACCACUUUUAAACUCAAAACCAGCAGGAGCAGAUUCUCAAACGUAACUUUGAUUUCUCUUUGUUACUUACACCUUUGCCUGUAUUACUGUACUUCAAAUCAGUCUGGAGAUCUUGUAUCAAACAGAAUUUUGAGAUAGAAAACCAGUUCUGGUUCAAUAUCUGUAAAUUUUCACACUGACUUAUUCAUUCACUUUUAGGAACUUAAUUCUCCCUUGUGAUUCUAUAAAUGGCUUUUCUGGAUGAUGGGCCAUAUAAUGCUGUACUUCC